AGGGUGGUUUCUUGCAGCCUGAGCGUUUGGCUUUGAAGGGUGGAGACUCAGCAGCAGUGAGGAGGGGAGGCAGGGAGGAUCUCAGCUGGAGCAGAGAAGGGGAGAGGCAUACAGAGAGAGGAGUGUGUGCUGUGUGGAUGUACUCGGCUGCCUUCGCUCACUGACUGACUGACUGAAAGGGGAGCGUGGAUACUCCUCCACAGGACUGGAUGUGUUUGGCAUCACGGACGGCGACCACACAAACACAACAAAAAAGAGAGACGGGCGGACGCAAACUGCUGACUGAACUGCAGGCAGACGCCAGGCCAGAGCGCGGAGGAGUAAGCAGACAAGAGCACGCGAGGAGACCUGACUGACAGCGCCCAUGGCGAGCAAUAACACGGCCAGCAUCGCGCAAGCCAGGAAGCUGGUGGAGCAGCUGAAGAUGGAGGCCAACAUCGACAGGAUAAAGGUGUCAAAAGCAGCGGCAGACCUGAUGUCAUACUGCGAAGCUCAUGCCAAAGAGGACCCUCUGUUAUCGCCGGUGCCGGCGUCAGAGAACCCGUUCAGGGAGAAGAAGUUCUUCUGCGCCAUCCUGUAAAAAAAUAAAAAAAACUCGGCAUGGCCCUUCAGCAAGUCUGCUCAGCGUGGGGACUUUUGAACAUGGACGUUCAAAAUACGUAGAAAUCUUCUAGUAGGUGGGGCACGGCGAUUACUGCCCAACCCCACCCGCCCCCAUCCUUUUUUUCUCGAACGGCACCUUUAAAGAGUGUGAAAAAUUUAAAAAAACAAAAAACACAGAGUUUACAUGUAACCAUUAAAGGGGUGAUGUGAUUGCUUUUUUUUUUUUUUUGUUUGAGGGGUGUUGCAGCAUGUUGAAGGGAGUCUGUGCUUUUUUUUUAGAUGACACAAACGGGAUGAUGACGAUGACGAUGAUGAUAGCCAAGAGACGUACAACGAACAACCCAAGUCUUCAGGUUGUGAUGUGUACAAAAGUUUAAAAAAUAGAGAAAAAGAAACAGAUAAAAUGAGAAUAAAAAAAAAAUAUUUCGUGGUUCUUUUUGGGACUUUUUGUUAAAGCAUCGUAGGAGAGCAAACGAAAAUACGCCACCUGAUUAUUGGAAUGUUUCUUUUCCGUUUCUGUUUUAUUUCAGCUUUACCUGUCACCUUAGAUAUCUUUCUAUAACUGUACGUGAUUACUGAAACAAACGGCUUUGUUAACUUCUUUUUCUUAGAACAGGUUAGUGAAAGCUUUUUUUAAAA